CGCAACUUGCAUUUCCUUUAGUGGAAAAGUUAUGCGUAGGCGAUGACAUUCGAGAGACACACCAUUCUUACUGUCUUUUAACUGCAGGUAAUCAUCAAACAUGGACAGCCUUCAUGUCAUUCUUGUCCUCCUUUUAGGAGGUCAUUGGAUUUCUGGAUCAGUGGUGGAUUUGACAGUGAGAUCAGGAGAGAACGUCACUCUGAAUUGUGACUGUGAAGUAUUACCUGAGGAAUAUGUUGUAUGGUACAGAAAUUGUACCCAUGAAAAUCAGCCUCCUCUUGUUCUGAAACUAAAAGAAGAUGCAUGGAAAAAAAUCAGUGACCGAGCAGUUUCAGUGAAUUCUCUAUUACGCUUCCACUUUAAAAAGAAUCAGUCUUCUGGAUCCUAUGAUCUCCUGAUCAUGAAUAUUUCUGAUUCUGAUGAGGGCCUCUAUUACUGUGGAACUGAAAAGGAACAGUGGGUAGAUGACGCAAGCGUUCAGGUCAGAUAUGACCACAGAUAUGCCAGUAUCGCAACAAGAAUCUUAAUCAGUUCACGUCACACGAGGCCUUGCCCUGAUUCCAGUCCUCACUCUGACUCCAGUACUCGACCUGACUCCACUCCUCGAGCUGUCUACAGUGGAACCUGUGGUUCCAGUCUCGUGCCCUGGCUGAUGAUGUUUACACCAGGAUUUUCUAUUCUCAUUUCAUUUUUUUCCUUUAUUUUUAUUUAUCAGUUCUGUCGGAAAACAGAAAAAGAACUUCAAUUUUUUCAGAACAGACUAGAUCACAACAAUCAAAGGAAACAGAAUGAGGAUGAAGAUUUGUGUUUAACACAAGUCUGGUUCCAGGCUCAAAAUGGACAUAAAAAUCUUUAGACGGAUUCAAGAUGGAGAAAACGCUGUCUUCCACUGAAAAUUAUAUACAUAAUCUGUUUUAAUUAUUUGUAACUCAACAGAGUUACUCAUUAUUACAUUUUACUUUUUAGUUUCAAUUGUUCUUUAUGCUUUCCUUAAAUUGUAGUUUUGGUGACAGUUGCAUGUAAAUAACUUUAGAAGUAAAACUAACAAAGUAUCUAGAAAAAGAGUAAUGAAUUUUGAUGAUUUUGUCAGAUUUGUAUAAAUUACAGCGCUUAUUAUAGGAAACUAAAUUUUUUAAAUA